AUGGUCGCCGCCUCACCGGUUCGUGGCGCCCUGCGGUGGCCAGUGGAUCUGCUGGCUGCUGCUACCUGCCGCAGUGCCGCUGAGAGGCCGAGGGAAGGAGGCCGCGAAGCCAAGCCGCCGAUAGGUGCCUCCAGGCUCCGGCAGAGGGGAGCUGAGAGAAUGUAG